AAAGCGGCAUUUCCACACAAAUUCAUUCAUUGUUCCUCAUACCUUACAUUGCAGCGGCCGCAAUUGACCCCUCUUGGUGCAUGCCGCCUUCCUUCACCUGCCGUUUCCUUCAAAUACCCCUCACGUCCACCGACGGCAUCGACCACGGGUAAUUAUAAUAGUUCCCGUCCUCUUUCUUCAUCCACAAUUAAUCGGAUCGGCAACCAUCGCCACCAUGACUUCGGAUACCCAAAGUCCACGAACUUCGACCUCCAGCAGGCGAAGGAUUCCAAAUCAUGACACGGGUUUCCCUGAACCCUUUAACGGAGUGUCAAACACCACCCUACCACAUCCCGAGGCCAAUAUAUCGCCCGAUGCCGUCAUCAGUCAGGAGGAUAUCAUUUUUAGUAAAAAAGGCCGGUCGUCUCGCUCCUUCCGGCAAAAGCACAAGCGUACCAUCAGCCACGGCCGUAUCACACAGCAAAUGCAGGCCAUGUACAGCGACGUCGUCCUCGAGGAGGACGAGGACAUGCUCGAGCCACCCAUGUCGCCCAUAUCAACCAUGGAUUUUGAAGCAAGCCUGCAAUCCCGGCGCACCUCCAGCAACCCCCCGCAAACGCCACCCGAAAUCAGCUUGAGAACUGGCCACAUGAGCCGCGGCAAGGACGGGGAUAGCCUCCUAUCCCAUAGCGCAGGGGAAACAUCUCCGACUUCUUCCGAGCGUUCAUACAAGAGGAGCCUGCUUCGUCGGCUAGGCCUCCGCAGGAAAGUAUGAUGGAAGGGUAGGGAGGGGCAACGCCACCAAUUCCCCCCCUUCACCGAAACUCCUAAUAACGGCCGACCAUACCGAAGGACCACGAAUGCGAGCCAAACGAAGGUGCCGCAUCCUGGUUCUAAUGAUGAUACCAUGACAACGACAAGCGAUAUUCGGGAUUAAAAUAUUGUUAGCGCGGAGUUUCUAUUUUUCUUAAUCCUUUUUUCUUCCAACAGCAUUUAACUACUUGGCUCUGAGUACAUUACAUUGUUUGUGUAUUUAUCUAGGGGGAGUUGGUGGGUACUGAUAGCAAAACGGAGGCUGCGAUGGACGGUGGGAAACAGUCC